AUGGUUUCUCUUUGCCUGGAAGGCACUGUUUUAGCACAGAAUGGCCAUCUCCUUGAGGAAGAAAAGAAUGCUCUUCGUGAAGUAGCUGUUCAGUUGGGCAAAAAGGAUUGGGACUUCAACCUAAAUCCUUGUGAUGGGAACUCAAACUGGACAACGCCAAAAAGGAAUGACAUGCCAUGGUACAACAAUUCUGUCAUUUGUAAUUGUUCUUAUCCUGGUGAAGUAUGUCAUGUGGAAAAAAUCGACCUGACUCGCAACUACCUCAGUGGUACUAUCCCACCGGAAUGGGCAUUGACCAAAUUGAAGUACAUGUCCCUGGAGAACAACCUGUUUAACGGGAUGGUUCCAGCUGAGCUUGGGAAAUUGACCAAAUUGGAGAACCUCAUUCUGAGUGCUAAUAAUCUCACAGGUGAAUUGCCAAUGGAAUUAAAUAACCUCAAGAAGCUGACAGAACUAGAGCUGCAGGCCAGUGGUUUUGAAGGACCAAUUCCUUCUAGCAUCUCAGUCUUGAAGAACUUAAGUGAACUAAGGAUCAGCGACUUGAAUGGAGGAGCUUCACAGUUUCCACCGCUAAAGGACAUGAUAAAAAUGAACAAGUUGGAUCUGAGUUUCAACAAGUUGGAAGGAGAGAUUCCAAAUCUUGAAGCUCUGUCAGGGCUAGAGAUCAUGUAUCUGACUGGUAACUUUCUCACUGGGCCAAUUCCAGAUUGGAUCAAGAACAGAGAUGCCAAAUA